AUGUGGGACAUGGCAGUCGCUGACACUCGGCGCCUUAACUUGAAGCCUCAGGACCUGACGGACGCUUACGGGCUGCCAAGUAACUUCCUGGAGACGGUGAUUGUGGGCCGCCUGAGCUCCACCACCUAUGAGGUUGUCAUGCGGACAAACCUACCUGUCUUCAGGCUGAAGGAGUCCUGUGUUAGGCAGUGUUCCAGUGACUUUGAGUGGCUGAAAAAUGAGCUGGAGCGAGACAGUAAGACUGUAGUACCACCUCUGCCAGGGAAAGCCUUGAAGUGGCGGCUCCCUUUCCAAGGAGAUGAAGGGAUCUUUGAAGAAUCUUUCAUUGAAGAAAGGAGGCAGGGCCUUGAACAAUUUAUUAACAAAAUUGCUGGGCCCCCACUGGCUCAGAACGAACGCGGCCUACACAAGUUCCUGCAGGAGACGGCAAUUGACAGGAACUACAUCCCUGGGAAGGUGCCAGUAGGAGCCCCUCUAACCACCUUUGGCUGCCCAUCCCUUGGCCUGAUAGACUGUCUGACAUUGUGCUCCUUGGUACCUGAUGACACCAUGGGGGCAUUCUACUAG